UUGCGGUUCGUUUGCUUUGAUUUGUGACGUGCGAUUGACGUUUGUAGGGACCCCAGGUGCAUUUCCGGGAUGAGAUGGUUCGUCUGCGUAGUGUUUUGGGGUUUUUGUGCUUGCGGUAAGGCGGAAGAAAAUUUCGAUUCAGCGGAUGUCGAGAAGUUGGCCAGCAGUGUGUACGGAACAGAACUUUUUCUUCUUGAAAAUGCUUAUCAAGAACAGAAAAAUUACAAACUCGAGGAUUUUUUCUGGACUGGAUCUGGAGAUGGAGAAAAUUACGAAGACGAUGGUUGGAAAACUGAAAAUCCAACUACAAUUUACAAGACGAAAACCGUAUUUUCAACGGUAAUGAUAGAAACUAUACAUCCAACAAAUAAAAGCAUUCCAAAUUGUAUUAUCGACUGUACCACAAUCGGUCCAGGAGAAAAUAUAAAACCCACACGAACUCUUCCACCAGAUGAAGAUUUUUCUGAUGCGGAUCGUCAGUUUUGGCUGCUUACUGUAUUAAAGAGCGAUGGAAAAGAUCCAGUUAUGAUAGAUCUUAAAAACAGCCUAGCCAAGCUGUAUAAAACUGCAUUUCAAAGACAGCAAGAUUACCACCUUGGUAUUAACCACAGAACCAAAAGGGAGUCAGCAAAUAAACCUGUUAAAGUGUACAUUCAUAAUGUUGAUAAAACAAAAUUAAAUGGAGAUGAAAAAAUAACAGUUCUUUAUCAUGUAUCAGUGGAUGGUAAGCCAGUUCCUGCAGUUACUGCAGCUGAUGAUAUGGCCUUGGUAACUGACGAGGAGGUUAGAAGACAAUUGGGUUACCCCUUUUUAAUAAAGGCAGAACCUUACAUUAAACAAGCAUCUGACCCACAGGCGGUAUCAAAAGCAAAGGGCACUUGGUUAGUUAUUGGGGUAUCCAUAAUAGCUCUUCUAGUAUUCCUACUAUUUGUUGCCUUUUGUACUUUGGCGUUCGCAAAGAAAAAACGAGCACCCUCGACCACAGGUAUAGAAAAUAGACAACACGUAUUCGAGAGAGGUGUGGGCCAUGAAAACAAGGCAUUCGUAACUGAGACUAAAGAAGAAUCCCCUACAUACAUUGACUUUAGAAAAAACCUAAAAAAUAAACUAGAUAGCAGAUCGGAAAGUUCAUUAACUUCCUCCUCCUCAAGUCUGGAUAUUUCUCCAUUAAUGGGUCUGAAAAAGCAGUCUCCACCCAAGAAACCUCCACGUCCAAGAGCUGCAGCAAUAAACAAAACAGUACCGUUAAAUAUGAAAAGCAUUUCAAAGGAAAUUUUCGAUUCUGACAGCAGCAGGAACGAUUCUCCUGACACGAUUUUUAUAGGGAACUACGAUCCUGGUGUCAUGAGUCCUAAGUCGUAUUUAUCCAUGCCAUCGGUCAAAUCUUUUCCAAGAAAUGGAAAUAUGCCGGAACCUUUAAACAAAGUAUUGGAACCCGUAAGUGUGCUUCAUCUCGACAUGCCGGAAGAUGAACACGAUUCAAAGUACAAGCCUUCUUCAUUGGUUAGACAUGGUAGCUUAGGCACUUCAGAAGAUCCAGGUAUAAUAGGUCCUGUAGUAUGGAACCUUCACUGUGAAAGAAUGCAACAUGGAGUCAGCGUUGAUGAAGGUAUACAUGAUUUAAAAGAAACAGGAAAUGUUACAAAAAUGCGUAAACGAUUCCACGAACUUCUCGAUGACACUUUUAGUCUUUUUGGAAGCAGGCGAGAAAGUCCAGUGGAGUUAUCAAGACCACCAAUUGAGGUCAAAAGUCACUCUGCAGUGAAUACAAGACAAGAUGAGGAAGUGGCUCCCAUACCCAAACCACGUCCGAAAACAACAGACCCCAGAAAAGUAAUUAAAACGCCAAGUCCUAAAGGAGCUUGGUCUAGCAAGGCACCUUCUCCACUGGUUAGACCCCUAAGUUCUGGUAUUAUUAACCAUCCUAAAAUAAACGUCGAUCAUAUUCUGGCCGAAGGAAAAUUUCAUCAUAAUGAUCCGGCUGUUCCUUUAAUCGAAGCCAUUAAAACCGAGAUUGACAAAUGUUCGUUACCAGGAAGUACAGCCGAUUUAAGAGAAUAAUAAUGCC